AGAUUGUUUGCUGAUAAGCUUUUAGUAUAACUCAGCUUUGACUUGGAUUUCCUGGUAUUUCCCUUUACUACAAGAUGUCUCUAAGUUCACAGGCAGGUGAGUGUCUUUAGUAUUCUAACAAAUGUUGGUUUGUGCACAUAUUAUUUUAGUUGAUUUGCAACUCAUUGAAUUCAAACAGUUAAACUGCUCUUUUAUUUGCAGCGUCUGGCUCUCCUGUUGUCCAGGACCUGAGGAUUGUUCUGCUGGGAAAAACCGGAUCAGGGAAGAGUUCAGCAGGGAAUACCAUCAGGGGGGAGGAGGUUUUUGAAGCAAAAUAUUCACCAUCUUCUGUGACAAAAACUUGUAAAAGAGUCCCCUUUCAACAUGAUGACAGAACUAUCAGCAUCAUCGACACCCCUGGAAUCUUUGACACGUCCACUACAGAUGCUGAACUGAAGACAGAAAUAGAGAAUUGUAUCCGUUUGUCUGUCCCAGGACCCCAUGUGUUCCUGCUGGUGAUCAGACUGGAUGUGCGGUUCACGGGAGAGGAGAAGACAGCCGUCGAGUGGAUCAAGGACAACUUUGGCGAGGAAGCCUCAAUGUACACACUGGUGCUUUUCACCAGGGGAGAUGUGCUUGGGCAGAUGUCUAUUCAGACGUUUUUAAAUCAAAGCCCUGAGCUCAGGGAACUCAUCAGGGCCUGUAAUGACAAGUACACCGUGUUUGACAACACUUGCAUGGAUAAUCGCACUCAGGUGAAUGAUCUGUUAGAAAAGAUAAAUGAGAUAGUGCAGUUAAAUGGUACGCAUUACACCAGCAGCCUUUAUGAAGAGGCCCAGAGAAAGAUGGAGUCAGAAAAGAGGUGGAAGAAGUUUAGACACUAUGCUCCCAUAGUCGGUGCAGGUCUGAUAGGAGCAGCAGCAGCAGGAGCAGCAGCAACUGCUGCUGCUCCUGCUGCUGCUGCUCUUGCAACGGGAGAAGCUGCAACUGCAGUUUUAACAGCUGUUGGUGGAGUCAUUAAACAUGCAGUUGUAACCAGGAUUCCCCUUUAAAAAGGGGGACUGUGAAGGCAUGUCAGCAUUUUAAAAAAGAUAUGAAGUCUUGGGAUUUAUUGAUGCACAUUCAUGUUGCUCAUGUUAGUCACAGCAUGCCCAUUUUUAGCCCACAAUAACUCACAAUGGCAACCCUUUAAACUGCUGAUGCUGUUAACAAUCAUCCUGCUUUAAUGAGUGUAACACUGCUGUUUGAUUGACUUGUAAAAGCUAAAUAAAACAAUAAAAACUUCAAAUGAAUUUUUGCAUUUUUUUUUCUGUUUUUUUUUUUAUUUUUUU